AUGCUGAUAGUGUGCAGCAUAGUACAGGUUGUUCUCGGAUGUGCUGCAACAUCUCCUGGCACAACGCCAACGACUAUCAGUCCGAUAAGAACUACCAUCACCACUACGAGGGCUCCGACUACCACUGCCAUCAGAACUACCACUAGAACCACGACGACCACGACAGCAGCCAUCGCACUCGCCUGUCAAAGUUGUACAUUAUCACAAAUAUCUUUUGACGCUUCAAAUGGUGAUCCAGGCCGAAUUGACGCAGACUUCGCUAAAGUGGAGCCCAAUGACCCACAGACGGACUGCUUACGUUUGACGGCGAUUUGUGCCGCUCAAGCAGGAUUCGCAUCUUUCAUGGAAUUCAACAUCAAUCAAGGUGGUCCCGAAGAGAAUCAGAAACUUCGUAUCCAGGUUCUUGAAGUCCCUCUGGAGUGCGUCGAUGGUGCAUGGUACUACCGAACGAGUACAAUUCAGCAAGUGAACUCUGUCCAGUGCACUGAGUUUAACGCUGGCUAA